CGGCCAGCCAAAGGUGACGCCUGGGUUUGCUGUAGCCGCCCAUAAGAGCCCCUGCUACGCCAGGCGUCACCUUUGGCUGGCCGGACUAUAUUUUGUGUUUACUGUGUUGAAUAGCUAAUUUAACGACAGUUCCAAACAUUUAAAAAUAAGCUGCAUGCUUCCAUGAAAUACUUUAAUAAUUUGGAUGGAUGGCAAAUUAAUCCAGAAAGAUGUCACUCGCUCAGCUUCCAGCUUCAACCGUUAAGCUUAUCACAAGUUCUCAAAUCAUAACCUCCGUCUCGAGUGCAGUCAAAGAACUGUUUGAGAAUGCUCUGGAUGCAGGGGCAACUUCUAUUGAUGUCAAAUUGAUGAACUUUGGCUUAGACCGCCUCGAAGUAAAAGAUAAUGGUUCCGGAAUUAGCAAAGAGAACACGCAAUGCAUGGCACUUCCCCAUUACACAUCAAAGCUUUCAGAUUUUAAUGAUUUAGAAUCACUUGAAACUUACGGAUUUCGGGGCGAAGCUCUAAAUGCUCUGUGUAGUGUAGGCCAAGUUAGUAUCAUUACAGCCACGUCCUCCGAUCCAAUGGCCAUGGUCUACACCCUCGACUCCUCUGGUAAUAUUUCUGGGACCAAACCAUCACCUCAUGUUCAAGGUACCACUGUUGUUGUUGCUCAGUUAUUUAAAAAUUUGCCUGUACGCAGGCAGUUUAUGGGAACGAGUCGUAAGGCCCAAGAGGAGUUGAAGCAGGUUGAAAUGGUUGUUAAGUCACUCGCAGUUAUUAAGCCUAAUAUUCGAGUGGCACUUUUUCAUAACAAAUGCAUGAUUUGGCAGAAAACACCGUGUGCUACCUUACAAAAUUCAUUUUCUCAGUUAGUAGGAUAUUCUUCAUUUCAACAUUUAGAGCAUUUGACUUUGAAAACCUGUGAGGCUUCUAUUGAGAUGCUUGUACCAAAAAGAGACUGUGAUAUUACUGUUGUUACAAAAUCCACCCCAAAUUUUUCUUUAGUAUUUGUAAACACAAGACCAGUGACUUACAAGAAAGUUGUAAAGAUCUUACAUCAGGAGCUGAUAAAGAAGUUUGGAGAUAAUUUUUCCUCUAGGAAAUUUGCUGUUAGCCUCAUCUCCAUAAACUCAAAUCCUUCCAAUUUAGAUGUCAAUUUGGAGCCAAAUAAGACCAAGGUUCUUUUAAAAGAUGAGGAUGAAAUAUUAAAUGGAAUGGAAAAAUGUCUUCAUGAUUAUUACAGCAUUGUAACUUUUGUGCAAGAGGCUUCCCCUGUGCUUGUUGAACCAGUCAAGGAGAAAGAGUGUCUACCACACUCACCAUUCAAAGAGGUUCAUGAAGAAUCCUCCAGAAAGAGAAUAAAACUUGACGAUCAACCAUCUGAUAUGGAAUGUGGAAAGGUCAUUGAUGUAUCUCUCAACUCAAAUGAGAUUCUUCCUAAAACCCCCAGCAAGACUGAGUACUGCAAAAAAAUAUUUUGUGCUCCAAGUAAAGAGGGAAAGGAAGAAGAAUCCAAUGUCUUGCCAUGUUCUGGGAAUGAUCUUCUCCAUUCUGUUGAUUUAAGAAAUCAAACUGCAAACACAACCAACAGUUUUUUACAAGAUAAGGAAGUAGGGUCCAAUAUCUUGUCAUGUUCCGAAAGUGAUUUUCAGGCUGUAGAUAUGAAGGAUCAAACUGUAGAUACAACCGACCAUAUUUCACCCCUUCAAUCAGAGAAUACAAGCCAUGUGUUUCUCGGAUCUGCUGAAUGUGAGAGAUCUGUGGAUCCUCAAACAAAUUGUCUUCAUUUUUCACCACCCCAGACAAAUGUAAUAAAUGAAAAUGUUACCAGUAAUCAUGCUAUCAGACCAGAAAAUGGGAGUGUAUCAGAUGGCAAAAAUGUUCAUGGGAAGCAAGCAUCAGAUUCUGGCUUGGAAAAUUUAUGGGACGAUAUCAAUGAGAAAGAGCUCACUGAUCUUGGAUGUUUAGAUGAUUUUGCAAUUGCGACUUCAACGCAUAAUGAAAGUGGUAACUGUCCCUCUACUGAUCUUAUCGGUUCUGAGGCAUGGAGUAUGGGUCAUGUUGGUGUGGGCACAGGAGAACUUGUAAAGGGAUCAUCUGUGCUGGUUGGUAGGCCUUCUGUGCCUUCAUUUGGCCGACUUGAAAAGCCGUCAUCUAAUUUACAAGAUGAUAAUUUUACAUUAGAUCCACCUCAAGAAGUCUCAAACAAAAGCCCAAAAUCUGUCAAAGCCCAGAAGAGUCCUAGAGGAUAUGAUAUUAUGGGGUCAUCUCCUAGAAUGGACUGCAGUGUUAGUAGCCAAAUGGGAAGAAGAGAGUUAGCUGCUUUCACUAAAUUUGCUAGAGAAAUUCGGCCUCAAAUCAUCUUGGAAAAUCCUGGCAUUUCUUUUACCAAUGUAGCCUCAACAUUGGCACAAAAGUGGCAGAGUCUAUCAGCCAUGGAAAAGGAACAUUACGAAGAACUGGCAAGACAAACAGCUACUAGUAAAAAGGUGUGGAAAACUCAAGACAAACAGAAGAAAAUGGAUUGGGUCACAAAACUUCCAGAGAAAAGAGAGAAAACUCGAUUGUCAAUCAAGAAAGAUCGACCUGUCAGGAAGGAAGUAUCAAGCAAGAUAAACAUGGAAGAUAUUAAGAUGAAUUUGCAAACUGCAGCACUGUCCAUUAAAUGGCAGGAAAACUCUACAAUUCGUCUUAUUGGGCAGCUAGAACCGAGUGGUACAUGGAUAUGUGUACAAAAUUCAGAUAUAAUUGUUUUGAAUCAUAGCAGAUUGCAAGAGGUGGUAGUAAACCAUCGUCUUUUGUGUACACACGGUGUAGUUGCAAAACCAUUAAACCCAUGGCAGCAGUUGGAUCAAGCAUGUUUAGGCGAGGAGGCCUGGAAGAUGCUUGUGUCUCUACCACUCACUCAAGAACCACUCAAGGGCUCUAAAAUAAUUUCGGCUGAUUUCAUUGUGAAAAAUGGCUUUAGAAUUGAAGUUCGUGGUGAUCAAACUGCAUUUUUGACUGCAGUACCAGAGGUUUUGAAUUAUUGUGGAGUCAAAGAACUCAGAGAAACCCUGGAAUUAAGCAGAUUGUAUUGUGAUUUGCAAGAAUGCAGACCGCUCUGUAUUGUAACCCAUAUUAAGGGCGAAGCUAUGAGGAUUUGCCGGAAGGCACCACCAAUGCUGCAGCGAACUAUGGUGCAGGAGUUGCUGGACUACUGGAUCAAACACUCUGAAGCACUGGGUGACAACUGCCCCCACUCGAAGCCCAUUUUAACUCGUUUCUAUAAUCUUGCUGGAAAAACUCAAAUACCCCUGUAAAGAUAGGAAUGCUACUUUUUGCAUUUUUUCCCCCCGCAUCCUGUUGUUACUACAUGUGUAAUUUUAUUUAAUUGUAAUUAUAGUAUAGUUUUCUUUCCACAUCGCA